UCAACAGUGCGAAGAUUUUUAGCCUACGCCGAGAAAAAUAAUCAGUAUAAAGCCUGAAUCCAUGACCGUACAAUAAAUUUAAAAAAAUAUAUCAAUGUAAUUCAUGUGUCAUUAUUAUCUAUGUGGUAACUACUGAACUUGUGGCUGAACUGAGUUGAGAAUAAUUGCACCAAAUCAUUUAAUUUGACAAGGCAGCAUACUGAGACCUUUAUAAUAUGUACAAGAUAUAAAUAAGUUAUAAGGUGCCCAUUCAUAUGCGUGUUUAGACAGCGUCCACUCCAAGCUUGAGACAAAUCAAUGUGCUUAGUGAACGCCCGGCUCAAGCUACGUUUGCGGUUAUUGAAUUAAAAGCUUAAUUACUGUUAAAGCUAUCAUGUUUUUGUGUAAAAUAGCUUUAUUAUUUGUUUGUGCUACUUGCAUUGUUUGCAGUCGCAAUGAGGAGGUGAAAAGCGAAGAAGACGUAGGUGUUAAAUACGCGAAUCGUUGUGAAGUGUGUAAAGUUCUGGCCACGGAGUUGCAAAGCCGACUCGAAGAGACUGGUAAAGUUCAUGACGUUAUUGAAAUAGGAUAUUCUCUUGACGACGUUCAGCCACGAAAGAAGACUAAAUAUCAGAGAUCCGAGCUGAGAUUGAUUGAAUCCUUAGAUGGUGUUUGUGAAAAGAUUCUAGAGUACAAUAUUCAUAAAGAACGUCAGGACAGUACUCGGUUCGCAAAGGGCAUGAGUCAAACAUUCAAAACUCUGCAUGGGCUUGUCGCAAAAGGUGUCAAAGUUGAUUUAGGGCUCCCUUAUGAGUUAUGGGACAAGCCAUCUGCUGAAAUAACACAAAUGAAAACACAGUGUGAAAGUCUCCUAGAGGAUUAUGAAGAUAUUAUAGAAGAUUGGUACUGGGACCUACAGGGUAAAAAGGACUUGAAGAUUCACUUGUGUAGUGAUCAUGCAUUAAGAAAUUCUGAUAAGUCUUGCUUGUUUGAUGAACUGGUGUUGAAUAGUGAGCAAGUGCCUAAAGAAUCAGAUAAAAUCCUAACGAUAAAAUCAAAAGACGCAGAUAAAACGGGGAAUCUAAAUGAAAAUGAUGAUGUUGAUACUGAAGAACAGCAAAAGCGUAAAAUCGAGGCUGUUGAUUCAGUAGAAAAGUUGAGGAUAAAGAACAAACAUAUCAAGGAAGGUCUUUCAGACAAACCCAAUGUAAGGAAACCAGAAAACAAAAAUAGCAGACCUAGAGGUGACCGAGGUGAUGGAUACUGGACUGAAGCUGUAGAAAAUGACAAAAAACAGCUGGACCAGGAGGAAAUGCUCAACAAUGAACCUGAAAUGUCCAAUGAAAAAGUAUGGAUUCCGGAAGAGCUUUUGUCAGAGAGAGAGGAACUAUAAAUAUAAUUCUCAUCUUAAAAUAAAUACUGUGACUUUUC